AUGUGGAAAAUUUUGCUGCUGUUGGUUCUCUGCCUUCUAAACUUGUCUUAUAUCGAAGCUCAAACUAAUAGAGAAUACUGCGAGAAUGUCUACGCAGAUUGCCAACGUUUUACGCCAAGGAUAGGACGUUUUGAUGAGACCAUAGACUCCUUUAAUCGGCAUUGCCGUCGAGAGCGUCGUGGAAGAUGGAAUAAUGUAUCUCGCUGUGAAAUGGAAAAAGCCACUUGCCUUUUAAUCCUGCGACGUUGUGAUGAUAUGUCCUGCAAUAACAUUGCCGAAAUCUUGGAAUUGUAA